AUGAUGAAAUAGACUUAAAUUUUAAGUGAACAUAAAAAUAAUAUAUAUACUCUAAACUUUAUGAAUAAAUCAAAUUAAUUGAUAUCUGGGAAUGAAGAUAAAUCGAUAUAAUAUGGCAAUAAAAAUAAAAUAAUUAAUGGAUUUCCUAGUAGAUAUUAAUUGGAGAUAAUCAAUAUAUCUAUUGUUUAAUAGUAGAUAAUAAUUAAGAUUUAAUUAUAUCAGGAAGUUAUGAUUAUACUAUUAAAUUUUGGAUGA